UUCAAAAUUUUUGUUCAAAUAUGAAAACUAGACGGGCUUAGUUAUUUUUUUUACGAUAACUGGUAACAGAGACCUGGCUUUAGCUUUGGUAGACGUUUGCUACCACUCAGAUAAAACCCUCUACGUUAGCGUUAGCUGGCGUAGCUAACAUUAGCUAAUGCUCAACAAGAUGGCCAGGAGUGUCUGGAGUUUUAGCGUGCUGCUGGUCGUGUAACGGUGCUUAUAAUGCCUGGUUUUUACAGAGAUGAGCGGUGAGAACGUGAAGUUGUUUGUAGGGAACCUUCCUAUAGAUGCUACGCACGAAGAACUGAACAAGCUCUUUGGUCCAUAUGGAGAGAUCAACACCUGCUCGUUGCUGAGACAGUAUGCUUUCGUUACCCUGAAGGGAGAGGGGGCAGCAGACAGGGCGAUACGACAUCUUGAUGGCAAAGAGUACCGAGGCAGACCCCUGGUAGUCGAAGAGUCACGAGCACGCCCACCCAACUCCACUAAAGUGUUUGUGGGGAACCUCAGCGCUACAUGUUCAGCAGAUGACUUGCAUGGGCUGUUCUCAACCUUCGGAAGAGUUUUAGACUGUGAUAAAGUCAAAGCAAGGUUAUGCUCAAAUGUCGGCUAUGCAUUCGUGCAUAUGGAGAGGAAGGAGGAAGCCUUGGCGGCUAUUGAGGCACUCAAUGGGACCAUGUUCAAGGGGCGUCAGUUGGCUGUAGAGCUGUCCAAAGCCCAACCUCUGAUAAACCAGAUUAUGACAGCUGGAAAUUCAGCUAACCCCACAGCAGGUGGCAGAGAGGGUCUUCUUCCACGACCGCCUCCGUCACUAGAGCAUCAUCAGAGUCAAGCAGCUGUGCUUGCUGCAGCUGCAGCUGCUGCAGCUGGAUUACCCAUACAAGUUCAACAAAGUGUCCAUAACUCUUUCUACAACACCACAUCCUUUGACCCCACCUACGCUGCUCUGAAAGGGAUCACCAGUUCUAAAGGUGCAGAUGGAGUCAUAUAUGGAGCUCUUGCCAGCCAAGUGUAUGGAUCUGUAGCUGACCAGGUGUUUCAUGAGCUGGCAAAUCACAAUUCUGCAGCGGCCGCAGUUGAGGAAGAGGUGGAGCCCCAGACUGUACCAGAUCCAACAACACUUUUCGAAGCAGCGAGAGCCAAGUUCUUUCAGGAGGGACAGAAGGUUCUGGCAGAGCAGCAGGCAGGGAGAAAGGCAGCACCUUCAGAUAAUGAGCGGGACCGCAGCCCAAUACGAGGAAAUCGAGCUCCUCUCCUCCCUGACCCUGUUCCGGGUUCAUUUGCUCAGAUACGCCCCAAACGACGUGCCCUGCUUCCAACACCACCUGGAGCACCUGAAGACCCCGUCGCUGCCACCACCACCACAACUCCUGAAGGAGCGGAUCCUGUUGCGAGGUCAUAUACAGAAUACUACCAACAAAUGCAUCAGUACCAACAGUAUCAACAGUACCAGCAACAGUACCAGUACCUCCAGUAUGCCUACACCAAUCCUCCACCACCACCUCCGCCUCCACCGGCAACCACACAGGCACCUGCUUCCACCACAACCCCUGCACCACCAGGGACAUAUACAGCACUCCCGACAUAUGCCGCAUCGGAUUCCUAUGCAGCACCAGGAACGUACGACACUUCGGGAAGUUAUGACGCCUCAUCGGGGAGCUACGACGCUUCAUCCGGGAGCUACGAUGCCUCGUCUGGAAGCUACGACGCCUCAGCGGGCUAUGACACAUCUGGAGGCUACGGGGCACCGGGAGCAUAUGAUUCAUCGGGAGCUUACGGAGCGGGAAGCUACUCCACCUCCACACCGUAUGAGCAGACACCCGCACACGGGCAACCCAUGCCCCCGCGCCACGAUUACCCUUACCACACGCCAGAACCCCCUUAUCGAUAGUCCCACCCCCCUUCCACACGCUCCUUUACACAUGGCAGAUGUGUGAUUGUGUGUGUGCGCGUGUAUGUGUUUGUGUGUGUGUACGUCAGCGAGCAUACAUAAGGGACAGUUUAAAGGCGAAAAACAAGAGAGUGGGCAAGGUUGUGAUUCUCCCCUGUUUCUCCAUCUUGACCAACUAGUCUCUCAAUGGAUGAUUACUCAGUUAAGUGGAUGAUUAUGAGCUAGCAAGGUCUCUGGAGUAGUGGAGAUGAGGGAGGCAGCUGAUACUGGAGUGCUGUUAAGCAUUAAUAGUUCCUGUUAGAUGUGAUAUAGAGGCACAGCUGGUUCCUUGUUGAAUGUUAAAGCUUAAAUUUUGCCUCAAACAAGGUUGGACUCAGAAGGUGGGUUUUUGUCACUUCAGAAGAGCUUUCUGUUCGGUGUCAGGCGAAGCCAUUUUAUGUACUCUACAUAAAAGAUUGUUGCUGCAUGAAAUGUGCAGUCUGGCAACUCAUCGUAUAUUGCAGACAAAAAUACAAAGUACAGAUAAGUAAAUUAUAAACCGGUUUUAUCCAUGGAAACAUAUCCUGUCCAACUGGGACUGUAUGGCUUUGUUAUUGUUUUUAUAAAACACUAAUUUCUCUACAGGCCCAUGAUGUUCAUUCAUGACGGCCAACUUUGGGUUGGCUGCAAUUUAAUGUGCUGUUGAGCUGUAUUGCUUUAUACUAAUUGUUUCUAUAAUUUUGUCCCCUUUUGUAUAUCUGUCAGGGUGUUGAAGAAACAUCUCUUUGUAUAAUGUUGUUCAGUUAGACAGCACCUCAAACUGCAGUCUGCUAUGAAGAACACAAAGUUGACUCAGCACAUCUCCAACAAUAACAAAGUACAAACAGUUGUGCUUGCAUAUUUGUUGUGGCUUUUGUAGAGUAUGUAACGAGGCUUAGUCUGAAGUCAUUUGUAGCGAUGCUUUCGUAACAAUAAACCUGUUUUGAUCAGA